CGAGGCCUGAAAAGAUUGCAAUUGGUGCUAUUGCACAUUUGCACGGACUGCUCUCUGCAAUUCAAAACCCCGACGGUAAAGUAGCCAUCAUAUUCGAAGUACCGAGGGUGAAAAUGAAACUUCUAGUUUUACAAGGGGCGCAACGCAACGUUUACAAAACCGUGAGGUAAAAUUGCCGAAGGUCAGCCGUCACUUUGCACACGACACUGCGAGGAGGAGAAAGAGAGACACACAGAGAAAAUAGAGAAAGUGGCGACGAUGAGAUCGUUGUAUCGCUCGAUCUGUCUCCGAUCCAUCUGUUCCUCCUCCGCCUCUGCCUCCGCCGCCGUCAACCAUCACCACCACAUCCGCCGCCAUUUCCAUCUCUCUCCUCCUCCUCCCCUUCCUCUUUCUCCCAAACGCCUCCCUUCCGAUUGCCGGCCUCCUUUCGCUAUGUCCAUUGGAAGUCCACGUUUAUUCAGUGAGGAUGUGACCCACUUGCCCGAUGUAAAGGACCCUGAUGUUCUAAGGGUUUUCAAGGACUUAAUGGCUGCAAGUUGGGACGAAAUUCCAGAUACAGUCAUUCAUGAUGCAAAGAAGGCCUUGUCGAAAAAAACUGAUGACAAGUCUGGCCAGGAGGCCUUGGCAAAUGUAUUCCGUGCAGCUGAGGCAGCUGAGGAAUUUGGAGGGAUGCUUGUAUCUCUGAGGAUGGCAAUUGACGACAGUGUUGGAUUGGGCGGAGAGGAUGUGAAGCCCUUGUCAGAGGAAUUUGUGAAUGCGUUGCGUACAGCCUAUCAGAGGUACACUGCAUAUUUGGAUUCUUUUGGGCCAGAUGAGGUCUAUUUGCAUAAGAAAGUUGAGACUGAGCUUGGGACGAAGAUGAUACACUUGAAGAUGAGGUGUGCCGGUAUAGGUUCUGAGUGGGGAAAGAUUACAGUUCUAGGUACUUCUGGGCUUUCAGGUUCCUAUGUUGAGCAGAGAGCUUAGCUUUGGAUAGAUAGCUAAAAGCAUCACGUCAUCAUAUAUUCCCUUCUCACUGGGAACUUUGAUGCGUUUGUUCCUCUUUCAGACUUUUUACCGUGCUGUCAUUACCGUUUCGAGUUAAUUUCAGGUUGAUCUUUUCUUUUCUCUUUUUUUUUUGGGUGAAUUCUGGAGAAACCAAUAAUAAAGACUUCGUGUAUGGAUAUCAGUUACGUUGGGGUUUGAAAUGUUGUUUCUCCCAUUAAAUGAAGGUUAAAUUGUGUCUUGAUUA